AUGGAUCCUGUCGUCCUCCAGCUCUGGGCUGUCCUCUCCCUCCUGGUUCACCUUGCAGCCUGCAGUCCCAUCCUGAGCUUGGAGCACUCUUCCCUGGAGGAAGACGUGCCUCUUUUUGAUGAGAUCCUCUCCGAGCAAGAUGGGGUUGAUUUCAACACGCUGCUCCAGAACAUGAAAAAUGAGUUUUUGAAGACGUUGAACCUCUCCGACAUCCCCCUGCACGAGUCGGCCAAGGUGGACCCGCCAGAGUACAUGCUAGAGCUGUACAACAGGUUUGCCACAGACAGGACAUCGAUGCCUUCUGCAAACAUCAUCAGGAGCUUCAAAAAUGAAGACUUGGAUUCCCACCCUAUAGGCGUGACAGGAACCCGGAGAUACCCGCUGCUCUUCAACGUCUCCAUCCCUCACCACGAGGAGAUCACCAUGGCAGAGCUGAGGCUCUACACCCUGGUGGAGCGGGACCAGAGGCUCUACGAAGGGCUCGACAGGAAGGUCACCAUCUUCGAGGUGCUGGACAACAUCCCCCUGGGGGCUGCGGAGGACAGGAAGAUGGUGGCCCUGGCCUCCAGGCACAUCUACGGCACGAGCAGCGAGUGGGAGAGCUUCGAGGUGACCGAGGCCAUCCGGCGCUGGCGCAGGGCAGGGCUGACCACGCACCGGCUGGAAGUUCACAUCGAGAGCAGGGAAGGGGAGGAGCAGAACGGGGAAGGGAAACUCGACAUCGACAUCAACUCUGAGGCCAAGCACCUGCCCCUGCUGGUUGUGUACUCCGACGACCAAAGCAACGACCGAAAGGAGGAGAAGGAAGAGCUGAACGAGAUGAUUGACCACGAGCAGUUCCUGGGCCUGGAGAACCUGGAGGUUGGCAACUUCCACGACCAGCCCGGAGAGGAGGCGCUGCUCCAGAUGCGCUCCAACAUCAUCUACGACUCCACGCGCAUCCGCAGGAACGCCAAGGGCAACUACUGCAAAAAGACUCCUCUCUACAUUGACUUCAAGGAGAUUGGCUGGGACUCCUGGAUCAUCGCCCCGGCGGGCUACGAAGCGUACGAGUGCCACGGCGUGUGCGCCUACCCCUUGACGGAGCACGUCACGCCCACCAAGCACGCCAUAGUCAAGACUUUGGUUCACCUGAAGAACCCCCAGAAAGCCUCCAAGGCCUGCUGCGUGCCCACCAAACUCGACCCCAUCUCCAUCCUCUACUUGGAUGCAGGGGUGGUCACCUACAAGUUCAAGUACGAGGGCAUGGUGGUGUCAGAGUGCGGCUGCAGAUAG